UGUAUUCUGAAAUUAAAUAAUUGUACGUGUUUUGCAGCGCAGCAAUCUUUGGUAUGAACUACAGCAGCUAUUGAUUCAAACCUGGCAACUCCAAAUCCAUGUCGUCAUUUCCGCGGUGGAGCGAAAUGGUUCGCUUGUUUUGUGACCCUGUCUUACCCGAUCACAGGCUCAGCCCGUUCUGUAACGCCAGCUAUACUUCGCUGCUCUUUUUUUGAAUAACUAGUUAACGUCAUGAGAGAGAGGGGACACUUAAAAGAAGAAUUUAAUGUUUUUAUGCUGCUAAAAUACUUUUAGUUUAUGUUUGCGCCGGAACGAGGUGAUUGCGGAGACGUUUGGACUGACCCGAGGAGUGGAGGAGAGCCCUUCAAAAUGGCAACCCCUUAUGUUACAGAUGAAUCUGGAAAAUAUAUUGCCGCCACUCAGCGACCUGACGGCACAUGGAGAAAACCACGACGGGUGAAGGACGGUUACGUCCCCCAGGAAGAGGUCCCAGUGUAUGAAAACAAAUAUGUGAAGUUCUUUAAGAACAAACCAGGCCUUCCACCAGGCAUGAGCUCAUCUGAUGCUGAAACACCAAAGCAGAAUCAAAAAAUCCCGGGAUGUGCAGACAGUGACAACGCUGGUCUCUCCAAGUCGGCCAAACGCAACAUGAAACGUAAAGAAAAACGAAAACAGCAGCAACAGCAGGAGCCGGAGGAGAACCCGGAUGUAGCAUCGCUCACUGUCGCUGUUGAGAACGCGACCAUCUCAGCGGGCAGCGAGCCUUCACACAAAGUGGCGGCUGCUUGUGGAGUGCCGUCAGAUGAUUCCAGUGCAGCAGAAAAAGCCAAGAAGAUUAAGAAUUUGAAAAAGAAGCUGAGGCAGGUGGAGGAGCUGCAGCAGAAAGUAGACUCGGGGGAGAUAAAACAGCCAACGCAGGAUCAGCUGGAAAAGUUAGCCAGGGCGAAGGCUUUACAAGACGAGUUGGAGCAGCUGGAGCGUGACUCAUGAAGCACUGAACGAACACUUUGGAUUGGUCUGGCAUAUACUUCAUACUGACACAAAGGAAACAGAGCAGCUAGGAUUCCAGCCUCCAUUUAAUGUAUUCUACCUAUGUGGACUUCAUGAUGAACAUCAAGUUUCCCCAUCAAGGACUUACACACUCUGAUGCUCAUUUCGAAACAUCUUUUUUAAAAACAAAUUUUGUGUUCUCUUUUCCAUUUUGUACCUUUUUCAAAAACAUGUUGUGUGCUUACCAGAAAGUACUUGUUGACCUGUGUGCUUUUAGAACAAUGACAGUUUAAGCACCAUGUGAACCAUGAAUUAAAACUACAUGCUGCAACAAAAUGA